AUGGAGAACGUGAAUGCCAUUAGAACCAGGAGUGGGAAAGUGUUGAAUCCUGUUGCAUCACAAGGAAAAGGUCAGGAGCUAGCCAUUGAUCUGGAAGAGACCGAACCUAAGGAGGUGAGAGAGUCUGCAAAUGAGGACACUGCAAAGGAAUCAUUGCCUACUAGAAUAUAUGCUCCAAGGGUUCCAUACCUUACUCGCCCUAAGAAGUCACGGAAGGACUUAGAGGACGCAAAAUGUAAGGAGAUGUUGGAUGGGCUUACGGUGAAGCUUAAUCUUGUUGAUGCAAUCUAG